AUGAGCGAAAAUUCAAAAGAGAUAGGCAUGCACCAAAAGGAUGCUAGAAUAUUAACGGACCAAUUUUAUAAAACAAAAAUGUGCCCACACAUGACUAAACCAGAAGGGUGUCUAAGGAGUAUGAAAGAUAAUUGUCCAUAUGCACAUUCUGAGUUAGAACUGAGAUCACCUCCAGAUCUAGUAAAGACCGCUAUGUGUAAAUUAUUUCUAAAACAGUCUUGCAGCAAAACUUCCUCAGAAUGUGCAUAUGCGCACCAAUUUGAAGAGUUAAGACAUACUGAAAGUUUUUACAAAACAUUUGUUUGUAAAUUUUGGACUGCUGGCUAUUGUAAGGCGGGUGAUUUGUGCCGUUAUGCUCAUGGCGAAGAAGAAUUAAGGAAGAUAAAUGUAAAAGAAGAGAACACCGGAAAUCUCAAUCCCCCGCAGAAAUCUGCGGCAUGUAAUGAAAUACAUUACAGUACAGAUAGUUUUGAGACUAAAGUAACACCCGGAUAUAUAAAUAAUGUAACCAAUAAUGGACAUUGUGCAACACCCCCUAUGGCUACAUAUCCAAUAUAUCAAAAUUAUACUGUUGUACUCAAUAUCACUGUUAAUACUCGAAUAAAAGAUAAUACAUCAUUUUUAGACUACUAA